CAGGCGCCAUCGUCCGUUGGCUGUUGACAACACACCGGCCAAUGUUUUCUUGAAACACGUGUUCGCCAUCCCUUACCAUGGAGGAAAUCGAGGAAGCACACGUGCUACAAUCGGCCAAGAAGGAGCGUAAGAAGCGCAAGGCCCUCGGGGAUUUGCAAGCGGAAGGAGACUUUCUCAUCGCACCCUCAGACAAGGCCGGGAGCCUCAACACAUCCCAGUGGCCGCUGCUACUCAAGAACUUCGACAAGCUCAAUGUGAGGACCAACCAUUACACACCCAUGCCGCAUGGCUGCAACCCGCUCAAGCGAGAGAUCCGCGAGUACAUACGAUCAGGCUUCAUCAACUUGGACAAACCAUGCAACCCAUCAUCCCACGAAGUGGUCGCUUGGGUCAAGCGCAUACUCAAGGUGGAGAAGACAGGCCACAGUGGGACACUGGACCCCAAAGUGUCGGGCUGCCUCAUUGUGUGCAUCGAACGGACCACACGACUUGCCAAGUCCCAGCAGAGUGCGGGCAAGGAGUACGUGGCCAUCUUCAAACUGCAUCAGGACGCCCCUUCGUUUGCACACGUUGCCCAGGCAUGCGAGAAGUUGAAAGGCGCCAUGUUCCAGCGGCCGCCUCUGAUUGCAGCUGUCAAACGACAACUGCGCAUCCGCACCAUCUACGACAGCAAGCUGUUAGAGUUCGACAGCAAGCGCAACCUGGGAGUGUUGUGGAUGAGCUGUGAGGCAGGCACGUACGUGAGGACGCUCUGUGUGCACAUUGGCCUCCUGCUUGGCACAGGAGCCGUCAUGGAGGAGCUGCGGCGUGUCAGGUCGGGCAUUCAGGAUGAAAAGAGCAACAUGGUGACCAUGCACGAUGUGCUGGAUGCCCAGUGGCUGUUUGAGAACCACCGGGACGAGGACUACCUGCGACGAGUCAUCCAGCCUCUGGAACGCCUGCUGGUCAGCCACAAGCGCAUUGUCAUGAAGGACAGUGCGGUGAAUGCAGUGUGCUAUGGUGCCAAGGUGAUGCUGCCCGGAGUGCUACGCUAUGAGGACGGCAUUGAGAACAAUGAGGAAGUCGUCAUCAUUACCACCAAGGGUGAAGCCAUCUGUCUCGGUGUUGCACUGAUGUCCACAUCCACCAUUGCCACAUGUGACCAUGGCAUUGUUGCCAAGAUCAAGCGGGUCGUCAUGGAGCGGGACACCUACCCUCGCAAGUGGGGCCUUGGGCCGAACGCGCUGAAAAAGAAGCAGAUGAUCAAGGAUGGCAAGCUGGACAAGUACGGCCGUCCCAAUGAGAACACGCCCACUGGAUACGAGGAGGGAGCACCAGCGGGUAGUGGCCAUGAUAGCAGCAAGAAGCGGAAGCACAGCACAGUUGAAGAUGGCUCGGGAGAUGCACAUGCCAGUCAUGCAAAGGAGAGUGGCAGCGAAGUUGAGGAACAGACCCCCUCCAAGGCAGAGAAGAAGAAAAAGAAGAAGAAGAAGAAACACAAGAGCAGUGAUGAGUCUGAGUGAUUCCAGUACAGAGAUGCAAAAUAAAUUCCAGAGGAGGAGAA